UACCCCCAGGGCCCUGGCAUUGCCCCUUACAGACUGACCGUGUGGGGGCAAGGGGCAGAUCCGGGGAACCCUCCGCCAGGGGAGCGGCCCUCAGAUACUUCUGUGCAGUUAGUGACAAACCUAGGGGCUUCUCAUUGGCUGCAGUGUCUCCUCCCACAGCAGCACCGACUGGAUAGAAUUACAGGCAGCAGCGGCCCCAGGGAACAUGCACCGGGAGCUGCUGAAAUUCAGCCACUGUGGGUGGGACAUUUACUGCCCCUGUGUGCCCCAGCAGUGCCCUGUGUGUGGGGAGGCGGCAGUCAGCUCCUGGCGGCUGGAGGAGGCCCCUGUCAGUAUCCCCAGCCCCCUAGUGAGUGGCCACAGCCAGCCCUGCUCCUUUGUACUGAGGCCUACAUGGGGCAACUUCCUGGGGGAGUACGAUGGCAGCGCAGACCUCCAUGUUGGAAUCUCCAGCUCUACAGGCACCGUGUAUCACUACAAUGAGAGCGGCGUUCAUAAGGAUUCCGUGGGCUGGGAGCAGAGUGUGAGCGUCCCCCUUGUACCCGCGCACCAACAUGCCCUCCUGCACCAGUGGGAUUCUUAUUUAGAAGAGUUCUCGGCAGCAGAUAACUGGCGCCCACACAGGUACCAGGAAGCGGAUCAGAACUGUUACACCUUCGCCCUGACCUUCAUCAACCGGGUUCUGCUGGUGCAGGAGAAGGAACCGUUCAGCAAGGAGGAGUUUACUGCCAGGUACGUUCUGCCCCGGACCCGCCGCCUCUCCAAGUACCUGUCCAUCUGGCGCCAGAUCUCCCUCACCGGCUUCUGCAUCCUGCCCACUCACUGCCCAUAGGCCGGGGUGGCACUGGGGCAAUUCUGCCUGGAAUCAGCCUCUGUCUCUCUGCGAGGGAACCACAGGGCGGAGUCUGGGGACCAAAGGGCGGAGUCUGGGGAUCAUCAUCUCAUAGGCGUCUCCCUAACAGGGUACAUGAGACUGCAUGCAGCCAAUCCGCAGAUGCCCCAAGCAGGGAGGAUAUUUGCCCCCUCGCCCGGAAUAGGAACCAUUUGCACAGUUAAUUUGUCCAGAUCAGUGUUCAUAGGAGAAUGAGCCCCACUUCUGUCCCUGUAAUCGUGAUCAUGUGACCCCAUCAUUAUAUUUAUUGUGCCCCUAAAAUAAAGUGAUUUUAAAACUUG